AUGAGCUAUAGAAGCGUUGCAGCUCGAGAAAGAAAGAAAGGCACGCAAACUUUUUUGUGUUUCUGCAGGGAUAUUGAAGUAAUGGAAAAAUGGACGGAUGGAGAGGAGGAGAUGGAAGUGGCUUUGCAAAGGCGGCAGCCUCGGUAUCAAAAGAAUACUACUACUGUCACUAACAACAGAAGUGAAGAAGAGAGAGAGGACAAGGGAAGAUUGGAAGAGAGUGUUUACUUUUACAAGGAUAGAGGUACUGAAGGGAGUGAAAGUUCACAUGCUGAAGAAGAAGCGCAGUUAGGUGAAACCGGAGAAAGUGAUGGAGAAGAGGAAGUGAUGGAAUUGGAAUUCAAGAGGGAGGUAGAGAAGCUGGACACACAUACAAUGUAUAUUCCUAAUUGGAGUGGUUUCAAUCUAUUUCGAAUUUUCGGGUUUAAAAAAACGGAUAAGAGCAUACAAAUUCCUCAACAAGAACCUGCUGCAACAGAAAAUCUUCGCCCCUCUGAUAUUGCAGUUGAGGAGGGGAAGGUGGUGAUUGAGCAAGAUGAAAAAAGUAUAGAAGGCGCUGCUGCACUUCCCACAAAACCAGAAAGUGAAAUUAAAGAGAUAGAGGAUGUUGAAGCCAAAAAGGCUGAAGGGAGUGGUUGUAAUCCAUUUCGGAUUUUUGGUUAUGGAAGAACGGAUAAGAACACACAAAAUUCUCAACAAGAACCUGUUGCAACUGAAAAUCCUCCCCCGUCUGAAAUUGCAUAUGAGAAGGGGAAUAUGGUAAUUGAGCAAGGAAAUGUGAACAACAAUGACAUUGACACACCUGAUUCAUAUCAUGUCUCGAAUGAAGUACUCCCUGAUCAAAGUGCUCUCGCUCUAUCACUCCAUGUAACUCUGUCGCUUGGCCAAACAAUGUGCAUAAAUGGAGUUGUAAGUGGUCCGACCACUGUAAUGUUGCACGGCCCAGAACAGGUUGAAACACCUACAUUUCAAGGACCUGUGUCGCCCGGGCAUCAGAUAAACAAUGUAGAAGAGAAAGCAGAUGAAAAAACCAUGAAAGGGGCUGCACUUCCCACAAAACCAGAGAGUAAAAUUGAAGAUGUACAGAAUUUUGAAGACAAAAAUACUGAAGAUGAGAAAACCGCGAAAGGGGCUGCAUUUCACCCAAAACCAGAAAGUACUGAAAUUAGAGAGAUAAAUAAUGUCGAAGCCAAAAAGCCUGAAGGAACUGAUGCAACAAUGCUUGAAGCAGGGCAAGUCAAACCAGGAGAGUUUCAGAGCACAACACAUAUUUUCUUUAUGUUUAUGGCGGUAACUGUAAGCAUUGUCUAUGGCGGUUUAGUGGAAUCAAUUGCAAACUUAGGUGUUGUGUCGUCUGCUGCUGCCGCUGAUGCUACCAAAUUGAAUAUUUUAGUUUUGGGAUUGGCAAAUCUGAUUGGUGGACUUUUCAUCAUUGGUCAUAAUUUUAUGGAACUCAAAAAUGAUGGUCCUAAGGGCAGCUCAAAUGAAAGAAACGUAGAAGCAGAUCGGUACCAAAAAGUACAGGGGCAGCGGGAAAAUUUCUUACUUCUUGCUACAGUUGCUGUGUUAUCAUUCCUAGUUUUCGGCUUAUUGCCUCAUGUAACAUAUGGCGGCUUCUCAUUUUGGAAGAGUGACAAUAGGGGCCUAAAGUUCGUGCCAGUUGCAGCCGCUUCUCUUUUGUGCAUCGCGGUACUAGCCUUCGGAAAAGCUCACAUCCGAAGGCCUCCCAAGUGCUACAGGCAUUUCAAGUCUCUACUGUACUAUGUCAAUAAUGCCGUUUUGGUCUCCGGAGUUUUUUACAUGGUAGGUGAUCUAAUCAAGAAACUCGUGGAGAAGAUCUAA